UUCUAAAUUGAUCCAUCCAAACGACUAAAGGCAGUUUAGGACAAAAAAUACCUGCUGUAUUGUUCGUUUGUUUGAUCAAAUUGGGUUAUGACUUAUGUACAAGGGAUACACAAUUUCUUAGUGUGACUCAAGGUUCUCGAACCGGUUUAUUCUAUAAUGUCGGUUUGACAAGUGAUGUGAUUUGGUUGGUGAUACAAUCGAUUUUUAUCAAUCAAAUUCAUCAAAACGAUGUAAUUUUGUUUAAAAGAAGAAAACCAGUCAUGCCAAUCAUACCGGGGCAUUCCAAUCGAUUUUUUUUAACCGAUAUCGACUGAACCCGAUUCUACCGACCGGCAUGCCACGGACAUGACAACCAUAAUUUUAUGUACAAAAGGUCCAGGAGAGACUCAAGACUAAGGAUCGAUAUGUGGUAGAUGAACAUUGUUUAAUUUGAUUAUUAGUUUGCACAUUGAAGCACAAUAUUUAGGUUUAAGUUUGAUGUUAUUGGCGGUUAAUAUUUACCUUCCCACAAUAUUAGUUUCCAUGACGCCCAACUUUUUAUUUGGAUCCAAAUACACUCGUUUCGACUCGAUCAAAUUGGUCAAACUAUUACCAAUUCUGAGUAGUACUAAGAAUUACGGUUGAAGUUGCAAAUAAAUUGUGAAAUUUAGAAGGUAUCUUCUUGAAGGAUAUUUACGCUUUUUUUUUUUUAUCACAAACCUAACUCAAGCUAACAUGUAAUGAGUAAAUAAUCAGAGCAGAAAAGAACUAUAUCAAAUUUAUUCGAUUCGAAUUUCAAUUCUCUCGGAUUUUUUCAACCAUUAAAAGUUCAAAAGUCCAAACUAAAUCACACAAAAAAUAAUACCACCAUUUAAUUCUUUUUUAUUUUUCAUUUCAAGAAUAUAAUAAUGUUUACCGUUUUAACCCGCAACCAAAACGGCUCCCUCCAAGAAACUCUCCCUCAUCUCCCAAAUGAAACUUCUGGUCACCACCUCCUCCACCGCCCUCCCUCUAUAUAAUUCCUCCUCCUCCGCCUCCCCUCUUCUCCUCCACUCCAAAUCCGAACACCACCAUCACCACUCGAAUCUCUCGAUGGCGACUUGCGUCGAAAAUUGCGCCACCACAGCCUGCCGCGACGGCAACAACAACAACAGGUACCCCUGUUUCUACAAACCCAACAAGUCCUUCGCCAGAAAUUUCCAGAUCCAGACCCAAUCCCCAACUCUCAAUCGAAUCGACGGCGCUGCAGCGGCGGCGGCCGCGUCCGAUCUCUGGGCGAAGAUGCGAGAAGAAGCGAUCCUCGACGCGGAGCAGGAGCCGAUCCUCUCCUGCUACUACUACACCUCGAUUCUCUCCCACAAAUCGCUGGAAAGCGCGCUGGCGAAUCACCUGGCCGUGAAAUUGAGCAAUUCCAGCCUCCCGAUCGGAACCCUAUUCGACGUCUUCUUCGCGGUGCUGGAGCAGGGCCCGGACUUGGGUCGGGCCGUGAGGGCGGACUUACGGGCCGUCAAAGAGCGGGACCCGGCCUGCAUCAGCUACGUCCACUGCUUCCUGGGCUUCAAGGGGUUUCUCGCGAUCCAGGCCCACAGAGUGGCCCACGAGCUCUGGCGGCGGCAGAGGAAGGCCCUGGCGCUGGUGAUUCAGAACAGGGUGUCGGAAGUUUUCGGGGUGGACAUCCACCCGGGCGCCCGGGUCGGGUCGGGCGUGCUGCUCGACCACGCCACCGGAGUGGUGAUCGGCGAGACGGCGGAGGUCGGCGACGACGUGUCGAUUUUGCACGGCGUGACGCUGGGCGGGACCGGGAAGGCGGGCGGGGACCGGCACCCGAAGAUCGGCGACGGGGUUUUGAUCGGGGCCGGGACGUGCGUGUUGGGGAGCGUUCGGGUCGGGGCGGGGGCGAAGAUCGGGGCGGGUUCGGUGGUUCUGAAGGAGGUGCCGGCCAGGACGACGGCGGUGGGGAAUCCGGCGAGGUUGAUCGGUGGGAAGGAGAAUCCGGUCAAGCUGGAUAGAAUGCCUAGCUUUACCAUGGACCAUACUUCCCAUAUAGCCGAAUGGUCCGAUUAUGUGAUUUAGGAUUGAAAAGUUUUGAUCUUUUUCGCUUUUUUUUCCCCCCUGGUUGUGAGCAGAACCGAAGUUCUCACCGCCAUGAGAGGAGCAUCGUGUUCUUUGAGUGAUCCUUUUUUUGGUACAAUAAUUGAUAGGGGUAAAUGUGUGGCCUUUGUUUGCUUGCUGAAUGCUACUGCACUACUGUAGUAAUAGACAGAGACGUGAUAUUCGAGUUUGUGAGGUAUUCCAGUGGUUGUAAUUUGGAGACAAAUGUUUCUGUUUCUGGUAUCUGAGUAUAACGUGC